AUGGAUUUCAAGAGCAAAACCGCCAGUUGGGACAAGAACGGUUGGGACAAUAAAUACUUCUUCGUGAAGAUCAACUUCGCUUUAGUUUUGUAUUUGACGAAGCAUUAUAGGAAGGAUUGGAACCCUACCAUGGCCUCUGAUGGAUAUGCCGUUUACAACUAUCCUCAAGAAGUUAUGGACGUUUGGCAUCCUCCCUUCAAGCCUCUCUUCGACCGAUCGUUGAUAGUCUUAAUGCUCGUUGUUGACUUCUCCUCGAACUGUCAUCGAACAGUUCUUAGUAAAUCAGGCAUAACUUGA